AACCCUAAUCCCCAAAUCCCCAAUCCACUCGCCCAAAUCGAUCCCCUUUCCCCUGCCCCCCCCUCCGAUCCCGCCGCCGCCGCCCGCCGCAGAUCCGCCCGGCCGCCGCCCCGAUCUGGUCCCGCCUCGCCGCCUCCGUCGGCCCCGGUCCGUCCCCCGAUCUGGUCCCGCCGCCCGGCGCGAUUCGGUCCGGUCCUGCCCCGGAGGAGGGAGGGAGGGGGCGGCGGAGGAGGAGAUUCGAUUCCGGAGGAUGGUCUGAUGGGCGGCGGCGGGGCGUCGAUGUUGGAUGAGGACGCAGCGGGCCGGAUCUGACCGCGCACCGCACCGGAACCUCCCUCCGCCUCCACCGCCCAUGCCGGCCGUCGGGGCGCGGCGCUCCACGCGCGUCUUCCUGCCCCGGGCGCACAAGCAGGCCCCGCGCCCGCCGGAGCCCGCCAGGGUCACGCGCUCCGCCAAGCGCCUCGCCGUCUCCUCCCACUCCCACUCCCACUGGCUCGGGUGGGACCGCGCCGCCGCCGACGUCAGCGACGACGACGGCGAUGACGAGGGCCCCAAGCCGCGCACGCCGUCGCCCGAGCCGCCCAUGUCGCCCAGGUCCUUCGGGGCCGUGUACAGGCGCAAGCGCCGCCAGAGGCCGCCGCCGCUGGCCGAGCCGGAGGACUUCGGCGACGGCGGCAGCGGCCGGAGGUUCGGGAUAGUCUUCACCAGGAAGCACAAGCGGCCAAAGCUCGCCCCUUUCAGCCAUGCCGGCGGCCGCGACAUCCUGUGCUCCUCGUCCAGGGAGUUCGCUUCAAGGGCCGGGCUCCUUGAUGACGCUCAUUUACUUGAUGGCGCUGCCAGCAGUCGCAGUGCCGUGCUCGUCGUCAUCGUGGACCACGCGUAUUCCCCCGGGAGCUUCUCGCGCUUCCUCCUGCCCGUGUUGCUGUGGCUGCGCCGGCGCCAGCGGAGCCAUGUCCGGGGCCUGGCCUCAUUUCUUCUGGCCUCGCCGGCUGUCGCCACCGCGUUUGCGUCGCAUGGGGUGCACUUUAUCAGGCUCCAGCGCCAGAGAGCCAGUGCAUUGCUGUUACAGCGGACUAUGGUGGUGCACUGCGGGUGGUGCGAGCUCCGUGGUGCUGGCCCAUCCCGGCAGCCAGUGUUGUCGCUCAACUUCUCGGCGCUUCCUUCUUACUUCCAGGGCUUGCAUUCCGUGAUAGCUCUUCGUUUCAUAUAUCUGCCAGCCGUGAUUCGCCGGGCCAUGGGUUUGGUUGGAGGAGCUGAAGAAGAAUCGUAUUCUCGAGAUCAUCUGGAGGUGGAUUCUGGGUCUCCAAGCACCGGGGACGCUACACCUGCUGUCGGAUCUUACGGAGCGGUUCUGGAUUAUGUGCCCCUUGAGCAAGCUCCAGGAGUAGUGCUGCAUGGUCUGAGGCUGAAAAAGCACCAGAGGAAGCGAAGCUCGAUGAGGCACCCCCUGAGCCGGCGCCGCCGUCUCACAGUGAGAUUUUCUGACAAGGAUUUUGGAGUGAAGGAGGCUACAGUGCGCUCUCAGACGGAACUGCAAAAGCCACCAUUGACGGGUGGCCCUGAGGUUUCCGAGGAACCUGUCCAGCCCAAGCCAGCAAUGGAAAUUUCUCUUGAUCUGCUUGAGAACAUGGAUGACAGCGAUGUCUCGACGCCCAUGGGACCAAGUGGGAAGCAAAAGAGAUCCUUUUUCAAAAGCCCCGUUGAUCGCACGAGUGAAAGGCUGGCUCUGUCCGAGGUUAGACAGAAUAUAGAUACCUUCUGCUGCAAAGCAAACCUCUUGAUUAUUCAGGCUGAUAGGUGCUGGAGGGAAGAGGGAGCUGAGGUUAUGCUGGAACUAUCAAACUCCAACGGGUGGUGCGUGGCUGUGAAGUUACAUGGUGUCACUAGAGUCUCUCUUAAGCCAUCGGAGCAGCGGUUCUAUGUUGUCAACCGGCACACCCAUGCCUACGUCUGGGCAGUCGAAGAUGGAUGGAAGCUUGAGUUCCCUGACAAAUGGGACUGGCUUUUGUUCAAAGAACUGCAUAUCGAGGGACGGGAGCGCAAUUCUCAGGGAAAGAUUAUCCCGAUUCCAGGUGUGCUUGAGGUCUCCAAUGGCAUGGGAGGGACUGUAGCAGAUCCUUUCUCACGCCCUGUGCCAGACUAUAUCAGAACGGCAGAUGAUGAGGUUGCGCGGGCCCUCUCGAGAGAUUCAGCUUAUGACAUGGACUCGGAGGAUGAAGAGUGGCUCAUUCAGCUGAAGCAUGGGGCCUCUGAUAGAAGACGCACCCGUCUGAGCCAGAUUUCCUACGAAGAUUUCGAGAAAUUAAUAACCUUGUUCGAAAAGGACGCCUACAAUAAUCCUGAGGAAGCUAAUGAUGUGGAUCAGCUUCUCUCCAGGCACCCUGCUUUAGGCAAGGGUGACAAUGUCCUUGCCAUAUAUGAAUACUGGAUUAAUAAGAGAGAUAAGAAAGGCACACCACUGCUUAGGAUAUUUCAGGGUGCACCUGCUGUAAGGCGAGGGCGGCUGUCGCAGAAAUCUUCUGUAAAAAAGAAGAGAUCUGUGAAGAGACCACAAAGAAGCCAACCUGGCCGAGGAAAGCCUGGAUUCUUCUUGCAAGGUGGCGAAGGGGAGGCCUUGCAGAGGGUGGUGGAAGCCGACCGCGCUGCGAAACAGGCCGUAGAGAAGGCCGUUCAGCUGCGCAGCAGAGCCCAGGCCCUCAUGGAGAGGGCCAACCUGGCGGCGUACAAGUCGGUGAUGGCCGUGAGGAUCGCGGAGGCCGCAAGCGUGUCUAACAAGUGCCGGGAUUUCGUGUGGAGGAGCCUCGACUAGCCCUGUGAAUUUUUUUGCUCCUUGAUCCGCCGUGUGUGAUAUAAUUGGGCUAGGCUGCGAGGCUGUAUUUUUUUUGUACCCCCUCCUCUCCUCCGGUUGUAACUAUGCGAAGAAGAAGAAGAAGCGGAGUUGAUGGAUCCCGAGCCGGACUCGGACUCGGAGACGAAGAAACUGUAAUUCGUUGUGUAAAUGAUAGUUUGGUUAGCUAGAUGAUGAUGAUGGACUCACCAUUCCUGACAAUUCUGUAUGUUACAUGUACCGCCCAUGUUUUGACAGAGGAAAAAGGAAAAAAAAGACCCCGAGGUAUUGCUUGAGCA